UUGUGCAUGUGUUGUCCCUGGGGUCCCCGAUGAGGCGGGCCGGGCGGCCGUGCCCUUUUUAGGGGUCCCCGCGGGGCCACAGUGGGGAAGGGGUUGUCUUUGCGUGAGCGGGGGACUUCCCGAGCCUGCGGGGACCAUGACCUGACCGGCGCGAGCCCGACGUGUGCGAAGCCCAAGAGCCAGCUCACCUGAGCCGCCCCUUCCCGGCCAGCAUGGCAUCUGAAGAAGCCUCCCUCAGGGCUUUGGAAAGUCUGAUGACAGAAUUUUUUCAUGAUUGUACGACCAAUGAAAGAAAGCGUGAGAUAGAGGAGCUUCUUAAUAACUUUGCCCAGCAAAUAGGAGCCUGGAGAUUCUGCCUGUAUUUUCUCUCUAGCACCAGGAAUGACUAUGUCAUGAUGUACAGUUUAACGGUUUUUGAGAAUCUGAUCAAUAAAAUGUGGCUUGGUGUACCAUCUCAGGAUAAGAUGGAAAUCCGUAGCUGUCUGCCCAAACUCCUUUUGGCUCACCAUAAAACAUUACCUUACUUUAUCCGGAACAAACUCUGCAAAGUUAUUGUUGAUAUUGGACGUCAAGAUUGGCCCAUGUUCUACCAUGACUUUUUUACUAACAUUUUACAGUUGAUCCAGUCUCCUGCGACGACUCCCCUUGGGCUGAUCAUGUUGAAGACCACCUCAGAAGAGCUGGCUUGUCCCCGUGAGGACCUCAGUGUGGCUCGGAAGGAGGAGUUGCGGAAGCUGCUGCUGGAUCAGGUGCAGACUGUGCUUGGGCUCCUGACAGGUAUCUUGGAGACCGUCUGGGACAAACACAGUGUUACUGCUGCCACUCCACCACCGUCCCCGACCUCUGGAGAAAGUGGUGAUUUGCUGAGUAACCUGCUGCAGAGUCCUAGUUCAGCCAAGCUGUUGAGUCAACCAAUCCCCAUCCUUGAUGCGGAGAGCGAGUAUGUCUGCUCCCUGGCCCUGGAGUGCCUGGCCCACCUCUUCAGUUGGAUUCCUCUGUCUGCCAGCAUCACUCCGUCCCUUCUCACCACCAUCUUCCACUUUGCACGCUUUGGCUGUGACACCCAAGCCAGAAAGAUGGCCUCAGUGAAUGGCAGCAGCCAGAACUGUGUCUUGGGUCAGGAGCGUGGUCGGCUUGGGGUCCUGGCCAUGUCCUGCAUAAAUGAACUCAUGUCCAAGAACUGCGUGCCUAUGGAAUUUGAGGAGUAUUUACUGCGUAUGUUCCAGCAGACUUUCUACCUCUUGCAGAAAAUCACCAAGGAUAACAAUGCCCACACAGUGAAGAGUAGGCUUGAAGAGCUCGAUGAGAGUGUCUGGAAUACCCUGUGGUUUCAGAAUACGGGGUUCCUGGUGAGGAGCACAAGAUGGCUGUGUACCAGUCUGAGGUCGUGCAGGAACCAAGACUGCUGCUCCUGCGUAGGCAAGAUCAGAAGAGGUCUGAGGAGCUACAUCGAGAAGUUUACCGACUUCCUGCGGCUCUUCGUGAGUGUUCACUUGAGGAGAAUCGAGUCCUACUCCCAGUUUCCCGUGGUGGAGUUUCUGACACUCUUGUUCAAGUAUACGUUUCAUCAGCCUACUCAUGAAGGUUACUUCUCUUGUUUGGAUAUCUGGACACUCUUUUUGGACUAUCUGACAAGUAAAAUUAAAAGUCGUCUGGGAGACAAGGAAGCAGUUCUCAACAGGUACGAAGAUGCCCUGGUCCUCUUGCUCACGGAGGUGUUGAACCGAAUCCAGUUUAGAUACAACCAGGCCCAGCUGGAGGAGUUGGAUGAUGAGACUCUGGAUGAUGAUCAGCAGACAGAGUGGCAGCGGUACUUACGCCAGAGCUUGGAGGUAGUGGCCAAAGUGAUGGAGCUCCUUCCUACACACGCCUUCUCAACUCUGUUCCCAGUUCUUCAAGACAAUUUAGAAGUUUAUUUGGGAUUACAGCAGUUUAUAGUUACUUCAGGGUCAGGGCACAGGCUGAACAUCACCGCAGAGAAUGACUGCCGGCGCUUGCACUGCUCCCUCAGAGACUUGAGCUCCCUGCUCCAGGCUGUGGGUCGCCUAGCUGAGUACUUCAUCGGGGAUGUGUUUGCUGCGAGGUUCAGUGAUGCCCUCACAGUCGUGGAGAGGUUGGUCAAAGUCACUCUGUACGGAUCUCAGAUCAAACUGUACAACAUCGAAACUGCGGUGCCGUCGGUGCUGAAACCCGACCUCAUUGACGUGCACGCACAGUCCCUGGCUGCUCUCCAGGCCUACUCCCACUGGCUGGCGCAGUACUGCAGCGAAGCACACCGGCAGAGCACACAGCAGUUUGUGACGCUCAUCUCCACCACCAUGGACGCAGUCACACCGCUCAUCAGCACCAAGGUCCAAGACAAGUUGCUGCUGUCUGCGUGCCACUUACUGGUCUCCCUGGCCACCACUGUUCGGCCCGUCUUUCUGAUUAGCAUCCCUGCGGUGCAGAAGGUGUUCAACAGGAUCACUGAUGCUUCUGCUCAGAGACUUGUUGAUAAGGCACAGGUGUUGGUCUGCCGUGCACUCUCUAACAUCUUGCUGCUUCCAUGGCCAAACCUUCCCGAGAAUGAGCAGCAGUGGCCCAUGCGCUCUCUCAACCAUGCCAGCCUAAUCUCUGCACUCUCCAGGGACUAUCGCAGCCUGAAGCCCAACACUGUCACCGCACAGAGGAAGGUGCCACUGGAUGACACCAAAGUGAUUAUCCACCAGACACUCGGUGUCUUAGAAGAUAUCGUGGAGAACAUCUCCGGGGAGUCCACCAAGGCCCGACAGAUCUGCUACCAGUCGCUGCAGGAAUCUGUUCAGGUCUCCCUGGCCCUCUUUCCAGCUUUUAUCCAUCAGUCAGAUGUGACUGACGAGAUGUUGAGCUUCUUCCUCACUCUGUUCCGUGGCCUUAGAGUACAGAUGGGUGUGCCUUUCACUGAACAGAUCAUACAGACUUUCCUCAACAUGUUUACCAGAGAACAGUUGGCUGAAAGCAUCCUCCACGAAGGCAGCACUGGCUGCCGGGUAGUGGAGAAGUUCCUGAAGAUCCUGCAGGUGGUGGUACAGGAGCCUGGCCAGGUGUUCAAGCCUUUCCUCCCCAGCAUUAUUGCCCUGUGCAUGGAGCAGGUGUACCCCAUCAUUGCUGAGCGUUCUUCCCCUGAUGUGAAGGCCGAGCUGUUUGAGCUCCUUUUCCGGACGCUCCAUCACAACUGGCGCUACUUCUUUAAGUCCACUGUCCUGGCCAGUGUGCAGAGGGGACUUGGCGAGGAGCAGAUGGAGAAUGAGCCCCAGUUCAGUGCCAUCAUGCAGGCUUUUGGACAGUCCUUUCUCCAGCCAGACAUCCACCUUUUCAAACAAAAUCUGUUCUACUUAGAGACUCUCAACACCAAGCAGAAGCUGUACCACAAGAAGAUCUUCCGGACCACCAUGCUCUUCCAGUUUGUGAACGUCCUGCUCCAGGUCCUGGUUCACAAGUCCCACGACCUCCUGCAAGAGGAGAUUGGCAUCGCCAUUUACAACAUGGCCUCUGUCGACUUCGAUGGCUUCUUUGCAGCCUUCCUUCCAGAGUUCCUGACGAGCUGUGAUGGUGUGGAUGCCAACCAGAAAAAUGUUCUGGGGCGGAAUUUCAAGAUGGAUCGGGACCUGCCCUCGUUCACCCAGAGUGUGCACAGGCUGGUCAACGACCUGCGCUACUACCGGCUCUGCAAUGAUAGUCUGCCUCCUGGCACUGUGAAGCUCUAGCCCACUGCCAAGGGAUGCGCACUGCUGCACAGUGGCCGCACCGCCUGCGCCUCCACCUCCGCCACAGGCGUCGCCAGGGAGGUCUCAGCCCUGAGUGGUGAGACUGGCCUCUGCCCUCCACUGCCCGUCCUGCUGCAGCCCAGUGGAGCCGGCUCCAGGUCCAUCGCUGCUCUGGUUGGUUCCCAGGGCACUUGGAGCAGGAGGAAUCCUGGGCCCAGGUACCCCAGGCACCGGGAGAUCCACGGAGCGAUCUGUGCAGAGCAGUCACGGGGCAGAAGCACCAAGGACAGCUUAGGACAGUGCCACCUUCUCACCAUCCGCCUCCCCAGCGCCCUGGGCCAGCUGGCCAGGAGAAGCCAUGCUGGGACUGUUUCUGUGGAGUCUCCCCUCCCUCCACUCCCUCCCCUCCCCUCUGAUUGCCUUGGAGGCUCUGCUCUGCCAGGGAUUUGCAAAGACUCAUGUUUUUGUUCUUGUUUUCUCAUCAUUCCAUUGUGAUACUAAGAAACAAAGCUUAAUGAAAAAUAAAAUGCUUACCUUGUUGUUAUAUAAA